AUGGAGGUGAUGAACCUGAUUGAACAGCCCAUCAAGGUGACCGAGUGGCAGCAGACGUACACCUAUGACUCGGGCAUCCACUCGGGUGCCAACACCGGCGUGCCCUCGGUCAGCAGCAAGGGCAUCAUGGAGGACGAGGAGGCCUGCGGGCGCCAGUACACGGUCAAGAAGACCACGACCUACACCCAGGGGGCGCCGCAGUGCCAAGGUGACCUGGAGUACCAGAUGUCCACCACGGCCAGAGCCAAACGGGUGCGGGAGGCCAUGUGCCCCGGCAUGACGGGAGAGGACAGCUCGCUGCUGCUGGCCACCCAGGUGGAGGGGCAGACCACCAACCUGCAGCGGCUGGCCGAGCCGUCCCAGCUGCUCAAGUCGGCCAUCGUGCAUCUCAUCAACUACCAGGACGACGCGGAGCUGGCCACGCGGGCCCUGCCUGAGCUCACCAAGCUUCUCAACGACGAGGAUCCGGUGGUGGUGACGAAGGCGGCCAUGAUCGUGAACCAGCUGUCGAAGAAGGAGGCAUCGAGGCGGGCGCUGAUGGGCUCGCCCCAGCUGGUGGCGGCCGUGGUGCGCACCAUGCAGAACACCAGCGACCUGGACACAGCCCGCUGCACUACCAGCAUCCUGCACAACCUCUCCCACCACCGCGAGGGGCUGCUCGCCAUCUUCAAGUCCGGGGGCAUCCCCGCCCUGGUCCGCAUGCUCAGCUCGCCCGUGGAGUCGGUGCUGUUCUACGCCAUCACCACGCUGCACAACCUGCUGCUCUACCAGGAGGGCGCCAAGAUGGCGGUGCGCCUGGCUGACGGGCUGCAGAAGAUGGUCCCCCUGCUCAACAAGAACAACCCCAAGUUCCUGGCCAUCACCACCGACUGCCUGCAGCUGCUGGCCUACGGCAACCAGGAGAGCAAGCUCAUCAUCUUGGCCAACGGGGGACCCCAGGCCCUGGUGCAGAUCAUGCGCAACUACAGCUACGAGAAGCUGCUGUGGACCACCAGCCGCGUGCUCAAGGUGCUGUCCGUUUGUCCCAACAACAAGCCUGCCAUCGUGGAGGCUGGUGGGAUGCAGGCUCUGGGCAAACACCUGACCAGCAACAGCCCCCGCCUCGUGCAGAACUGCCUCUGGACCCUGCGCAACCUCUCAGACGUGGCCACCAAGCAGGAGGGCCUGGAGAGCGUGCUGAAGAUCCUGGUGAACCAGCUGAGUGUGGACGACGUCAACGUGCUCACCUGCGCCACGGGCACGCUGUCCAACCUGACCUGCAACAACAGCAAGAACAAGACGCUGGUGACGCAGAACAGCGGCGUGGAGGCGCUCAUCCACGCCAUCCUGCGCGCCGGCGACAAGGACGACAUCACGGAGCCCGCGGUCUGCGCGCUGCGCCACCUCACCAGCCGCCACCCGGAGGCCGAGAUGGCCCAGAACUCCGUGCGCCUCAACUACGGCAUUCCGGCCAUCGUCAAGCUGCUCAACCAGCCCAACCAGUGGCCCCUGGUCAAGGCAACCAUCGGCCUGAUCAGGAACCUGGCCCUGUGCCCAGCCAACCAUGCCCCACUGCAGGAGGCAGCCGUCAUCCCCCGCCUCGUCCAGCUGCUGGUCAAGGCCCAUCAGGACGCCCAGCGCCACGUGGCUGCGGGCACCCAGCAGCCCUACACGGACGGCGUGAGGAUGGAGGAGAUCGUGGAGGGCUGCACCGGGGCCCUGCACAUCCUCGCCCGGGACCCCAUGAACCGCAUGGAGAUCUUCCGGCUCAACACCAUCCCGCUGUUCGUGCAGCUCCUGUACUCGUCCGUGGAGAACAUCCAGCGCGUGGCGGCCGGCGUGCUGUGCGAGCUGGCCCAGGACAAGGAGGCCGCCGACGCCAUCGACGCCGAGGGCGCCUCGGCCCCGCUCAUGGAGCUGCUGCACUCCCGCAACGAGGGCACCGCCACCUACGCCGCGGCCGUCCUGUUCCGCAUCUCCGAGGACAAGAACCCCGACUACCGCAAGCGCGUGUCCGUGGAGCUCACCAACUCCCUCUUCAAGCACGACCCCGCCGCCUGGGAGGCGGCCCAGAGCAUGAUCCCCAUCAACGAGCCCUACGCGGACGACAUGGACCCCACCUACCGCCCCAUGUACUCGAGUGACAUGCCCCUGGACCCCCUGGAGAUGCACAUGGACAUGGAGGGGGACUACCCCAUCGACACCUACAGCGAGGGCCUGCGGCCCCCCUACCCCACCGCCGACCACAUGCUGGCCUAG